GGUCUCUUUAAUGCGGUCCGCUGUGACGAAUGGACUAACAAUCCUGACAGACUGUGCUCGAGAGAUCUUCGAGGCGAGGGACAGCAUCAUGAGUGAGCGCUUCUAAUGGCGCUCAGUGGAUUUAAUCUUGAUCGCGGAGUGAAACGCGUCCCCGACACCCGGAUGUUGCGAAGAUGCGCUCAUCAGCAUCAGCAUCAUCACACACACUAGUCGAAACACGAUAGAUACGAUGGUUUAACGCAGCCACGUGAACUGGAAUAUAACAAAUAAUAAAACACUUUCAAUGUGGAGGGGAUGGACGAGCCAGAGGAACCGACUGAAGGGGCAAACUAUGCCAGUGGCAGCAGAGCCCCCGUCUCUAGUGAUGUCCCCCCCGUCUGGUCGGAAGUACCGCCGAUCACCAGCCAUCAUUCACCGGCCCAGUCUGCUGCGCUCUCCUGGCAGGCUGCGAUUAAUGCCACCAGACAGUCUCAGGGCACCCCCAAAACCAUGAACCUCUCCGCUGCUGCAAGCACUGCUCCGGCCGGCUCGCUCGCCCAGAGGAAACGCCAGCAAUAUGCCAAAAGCAAGAAACAGGGAAGCACCACUAGUAGCAGACCUCCAAGAGCACUUUUCUGCCUGACUCUCAAUAAUCCUGUGCGCAGAGCGUGCAUUAACCUAGUGGAGUGGAAACCUUUCGAUAUCUUUAUAUUGCUGUCAAUAUUUGCCAACUGUGUGGCCUUAGCUGUUUACAUCCCCUUCCCUGAAGAUGAUUCCAACUCAACUAAUCAUGAUUUGGAAACAGUAGAAUAUGCCUUCCUGAUCAUUUUCACGAUUGAAACCUUCCUCAAGAUAAUAGCUUAUGGACUUGUGAUGCACCAGAACUCAUAUGUGAGAAACGGCUGGAAUAUGCUGGAUUUUGUCAUCGUCAUAGUAGGUCUCUUCAGUGUCGUUCUGGAGCUGGUAACCAAAGAUCGAGAUGUCAGUGGGCAGUCAGGUGGCAAGCCGGGUGGGUUCGAUGUGAAGGCUUUACGAGCGUUUAGAGUUCUGCGGCCCCUUCGCCUGGUGUCAGGAGUGCCAAGCUUACAGGUAGUGCUGAACUCCAUCAUUAAAGCCAUGGUUCCUCUGCUGCACAUUGCUCUGCUUGUACUAUUCGUCAUCAUCAUCUAUGCCAUCAUCGGGCUGGAGCUGUUCAUUGGGAAGAUGCAUGCAACCUGCUAUCUGAACGGCACGCGUACAUUUGCAGAGGAGGAUCCAGCUCCCUGUUCUCUUUCUGGUCAUGGGAGACACUGCCCCCUCAAUGGCACUAUGUGUAGGGAUGGCUGGCAUGGACCCAACAAUGGCAUAACAAACUUUGACAACUUCCUGUUUGCCAUGCUGACUGUGUUCCAGUGUAUUACCAUGGAGGGCUGGACUGACGUGCUGUACUGGAUGAAUGAUGCUAUGGGCUCCGAGUUACCUUGGGUCUAUUUUGUCAGUCUGGUCAUUUUUGGCUCCUUCUUUGUCCUCAAUCUAGUAUUGGGUGUUCUAAGUGGAGAGUUCUCUAAGGAGCGUGAGAAGGCCAAGGCUCGUGGAGAUUUCCAGAAACUGCGUGAGAAGCAGCAGCUUGAGGAGGAUCUGAAGGGAUAUCUGGAUUGGAUCACACAAGCUGAGGACAUUGACCCUGAUAAUGAUGAGGAGGGAGAUCAAGAGGCAAAACGCAGCCGGGUGACGCUGGGCGAUCUCACCCACAGGAAGAACACGGGAAAUUCGGGCUGGUUCAGUCAGUCCACUGAGACUCAUGCAAGUAUCCCCACAAGUGAGACAGAGUCUGUGAACACAGAAAACCCAGGAGAAGAUGAGAAAGUCUGCUGUGGGCCCAUCUGUCAGAAAUUGACAAAGUCGAAGUUCAGCCGCUGGCGUUGCUGGAACAGGUUUUGUCGCCGGAAGUGCCGAGCUGUGGUGAAAUCCACCAUCUUCUAUUGGCUGGUGAUUCUGCUGGUGUUCCUCAAUACACUCACAAUAUCAUCUGAACAUUAUAACCAGCCUGACUGGCUCACGGAGGUCCAGGGUGUGGCUAAUAAGGUGUUGUUAGCCUUGUUCACAAGCGAGAUGCUGAUAAAAAUGUACAGUCUGGGGCUGCAGGCAUACUUUGUGUCACUUUUCAACCGCUUCGACUGCUUCGUAGUUUGCGGAGGCAUUGUGGAGACGAUCCUCGUGGAGAUUGAGAUCAUGUCUCCUCUCGGCAUCUCAGUGUUUCGCUGCGUCCGGCUCCUCAGGAUCUUUAAAGUCACACGUCACUGGGCAUCUCUGAGUAACUUGGUGGCAUCUCUUUUGAACUCCAUGAAGUCCAUUGCGUCCCUUCUGCUGUUGCUCUUCCUCUUCAUAAUCAUCUUCAGUUUGCUUGGCAUGCAGCUCUUUGGCGGAAAGUUUAACUUUGACGAGACUGUUACCAAACGAAGCACUUUUGACAACUUUCCUCAGGCCCUGCUUACUGUCUUUCAGAUCCUGACGGGUGAGGACUGGAAUACAGUGAUGUAUGAUGGGAUCAUGGCGUAUGGAGGCCCCUCCUCCUCAGGCAUGCUCGUGUGCAUCUACUUCAUCAUCCUCUUCAUCUGUGGAAACUACAUCUUACUGAACGUCUUCUUGGCCAUUGCUGUGGAUAACCUGGCAGAUGCUGAAAGUCUGAACUCGGCACAGAAAGAGGAAGAGAAGAGGAACAAGAGGAAGAGAAGCAGGAGUAUGAGCAUAUACAAGAGAGAUGGUGACGAUGGAGACGUCAAGGCAUCUGGUGAUCAGGAGGGUGAUCAGAAUCAGACAGAGGACAUGAUUGACUCCUCAGAGGAGGAUGAGGAAGACGAGCCCGAGGUACCAUCAGGCCCGCGGCCGCCGAGGCUGUCAGAGCUGAGCCUCAGAGAAAAGAUGCCCCCCAUCCCAGAGGGCAGCGCCUUCUUCAUCUUUAGCAACACCAACCCGAUCCGUGUGGCAUGCCAUCGGCUCAUCAAUCAUCAGAUCUUCACCAACCUCAUCCUCAUCUUCAUCAUGCUGAGCUCCGUCUCGCUGGCAGCCGAGGACCCCAUCCGUAACUUCUCCGCCCGAAACAUUGUUCUUGGUUAUUUUGACUAUGCCUUCACUGCUAUAUUUACAGUGGAGAUCUUGUUGAAGAUGACUGCGUUUGGUGCUUUCCUUCACAAAGGAGCUUUCUGCAGAAAUUACUUUAAUUUGCUGGAUCUGCUGGUGGUGGGAGUCUCCCUCGUUUCCUUCGGCAUACAAUCAUCAGCCAUUUCAGUGGUGAAGAUCUUGAGGAUUCUGCGUGUGCUUCGACCUCUGAGAGCCAUCAACAGAGCCAAAGGACUCAAACAUGUGGUUCAGUGUGUGUUUGUGGCCAUCAGGACGAUUGGGAACAUCAUGAUUGUUACCACACUUCUUCAGUUCAUGUUUUCCUGUAUCGGUGUGCAGCUGUUUAAGGGGAAGUUCUACCGCUGUUCUGAUGAUGCAAAGACCAGUCCUGAGGACUGCAAAGGGACGUAUAUCGUGUACAGUAUUGGUGAGACGGCACUGCCACAAAUGCGUGAGAGGAUCUGGUACAACAGUGACUUUAACUUUGAUAAUGUGCUGAUGGCUAUGAUGGCCCUCUUCACCGUCUCAACGUUUGAGGGCUGGCCAGCCCUGCUGUACAAGGCCAUCGACUCAAACAAGGAAAACAUGGGUCCCAUUUACAACUACCGUGUGGAGAUCUCCAUCUUCUUCAUCAUCUACAUCAUCGUCAUCGCCUUCUUCAUGAUGAACAUUUUUGUGGGUUUUGUCAUUGUCACGUUUCAGGAGCAGGGCGAGAAAGAGUACAAGAACUGUGAACUGGAUAAGAACCAGCGCCAGUGUGUGGAGUACGCUCUGAAAGCCCGUCCGCUGAGGAGAUACAUCCCUAAAAACCCAUACCAGUAUAAGUUCUGGUAUGUGGUGAAUUCCACGGGCUUUGAGUAUGUAAUGUUUGUGCUCAUCGUUCUCAACACACUGUGUCUGGCCAUUCAGCAUCACGGCCAGUCACGUCUUUUCAAUUAUGGGAUGGACAUUUUGAACAUGGUGUUCACGGGUGUCUUUGCAGUCGAAAUGAUUCUCAAACUGGUUGCCUUCAAACCAAAGGGUUAUUGUGUGGACCCCUGGAAUGGGUUUGAUGCUCUGGUGGUGAUUGGCAGCGUAGUAGACAUCAUUCUGAGUCAGCACUAUUUUGCCGAUGCAUGGAACACGUUUGAUGCCUUAAUUGUUGUUGGUAGCAUCGUUGACAUUGCAAUCACGGAGAUCAAUAACACUGAAGGCAGUGCAAGAAUUUCCAUCACAUUCUUUCGUCUGUUUCGUGUAAUGCGCUUAGUGAAGUUGUUGAGCAGAGGAGAGGGCAUUCGCACGCUCCUGUGGACCUUCAUCAAAUCAUUUCAGGCUCUUCCAUAUGUGGCUCUGCUUAUUGCCAUGUUAUUCUUCAUCUAUGGUGUCAUUGGAAUGCAGGUGUUCGGGAAGAUUGCCAUGGUGGAUGGAACCAGUAUUAAUCGUAACAAUAAUUUCCAGACCUUUCCACAAGCUGUGCUCCUGCUAUUCAGAUGUGCGACGGGUGAGGCAUGGCAGCAGAUCAUGUUGGCGUGUUUGCCUGGCAAACAGUGUGACUCUGAGUCCGAAUAUAACCCUGGAGAGGAGAAAACCUGUGGCAGCAACUUUGCUAUCCUCUACUUCAUCAGCUUCUACAUGCUCUGCGCUUUUCUGAUCAUUAAUCUGUUUGUCGCUGUCAUCAUGGACAACUUUGACUACCUGACGCGUGAUUGGUCAAUUCUUGGACCACAUCAUUUAGAUGAAUUUAAGAGGAUCUGGUCGGAAUAUGAUCCUGAGGCCAAGGGCCGUAUAAAACACUUAGAUGUGGUGACAUUACUGCGCAGGAUUCAACCACCUCUGGGCUUUGGCAAGCUGUGUCCUCAUAGAGUGGCUUGCAAGAGGUUGGUUGCUAUGAACAUGCCACUUAACAGUGACGGUACAGUCAUGUUCAAUGCAACCCUGUUCGCUCUGGUCAGAACUGCUCUGAAAAUCAAGACUGAAGGGAAUCUGGAACAAGCCAAUGAGGAGUUAAGAGCUGUCAUCAAGAAGAUCUGGAAGAGAACUAGCAUGAAACUCCUGGACCAAGUAGUGCCACCUGCUGGAGAUGAUGACAUCACUGUGGGGAAGUUCUAUGCAACUUUCCUGAUACAAGACUACUUCAGGAAAUUCAGGAAACGCAAAGAGCAAGGUCUUGUGGGAUGCCAACCCUAUUUAAACAGCACUACCGCCCUGCAGGCUGGUCUGCGCACACUGCAUGAUAUCGGCCCUGAGAUCCGUCGAGCCAUAUCAUGUGAUCUACAGGAUGAAGGUCUAGUAGACAUCAACCUCCAUGAGGAGGAAGAGAUAUACGAGAGGAAUGGGGUUGUGUUUGGGAAUCAUGUGAGUGGAGAUCAGUACGGCAGCGUCACACAGCGUCCUCUGCAGCUCCCGCUUACUCUGUGCUCCUCCCAAAAUUACUGUCCGUCCAUGUCAGACAAAUCAUCCAACUCCAAUAUCAACAAUGCCAACGUGCCAGCGGUCACUGCCUUUCCCAACGGCUGGCACAGACGCUGCCGGCGGCUCUCUGGGACCCUGGUGUCCUCUCUGAACUCCUACCUCAACCUCAGGAGUGAUGGAGAACUACAGCUCAGGACUCACUCCAGAAGGCCAAGCAUCAGUGCUGUUGGAUAUCCCAUCAUCCACGUGGAGAACUCCACCCUUGGUGACAUCAGUGAUGAUGACAGGAACUCUGGGGAGUAUUUCAGCGGAGACGAGUUUAACGAAGAUGAUGUCAUGCUGGCUACAGACAGGUCAUACUUUCAGGACACUUUGAGUGAUGGUGCUCCAGCUGGACAGCAGGAUGCGUGUGAAUGUGUCUGUGAUGAUGGUGAGCAGCUCAUAUCCCAGCAGCCCCAGAGGUCCUCGAAACGACUCCUGCUGUCCACAGCUCAAUCCUCUCACAAACCCGCUUUCCAUUUUGAGUGUCUGCGCAAACAGAACAGCCAAGAUGAGAUUCCCCUGCAUCCAUCGGUCCUGCCGCAGCAUCAGGUGAAGACGGCGACUGGACAAGAAUCGAGUAGAACACGACUCUCUCCGACUCGCUCCAUCCGCUCCUGGGUCACGCCUCCAGCCACGCCUCCACCCUACACUCCUCUGAUUCAGACCACGGUCAGCGCUAGCAGCACUCCGGGAUUGGUUCACAGGGGCUUCUGGAAUUCCCAGCAGGCCUCUGAUUGGUCGACACGUUCUCCCUCCCCCUCGCUCCUCAAGGUCCCCCCCCGACUGAGCGGCCAUCACCUGCAGCAGCGGAGCAGCGCUCAAAGCCUGGUGGAAGCCGUGAUGAUAUCUGGUGGAUUGGGCAAAUAUGCCAAGGAUCCAAAGUUUGUGACGGUGACAAAACAUGAGAUCGCAGAUGCUUGCGACAUGACAAUUGAUGAGAUGGAAAGUGCUGCUAGUAAUUUACUGAAUGUGACGCUAGGCCAUGGGCCAGAGGCAGACGAGGUGGGCCUGUGUCAGAACAAUCUCCGUGACUACAGCGAUGAGGAUACGGACACAAGCAAUAAACGCGAGGAGGAUCUGGCAGACGAAAUGAUCUACGUCUCAGUAUUAUAAUAAAGAGUUCAAAAUGCCCCAGCAAAACUAAACAAUGUAGAAAAUUCAUGAAUGAGGUAAUUGUGCCUUUAAACAGGAGUGUCACGGAGAGAUCUGCUGGAUUACAUGGACCAACAGAUUUGGACUUUUUUCAUUUAGUAAGCAAACCUUUUGAUAUCUUGGGAAAUUUCCAGCAAGAUCCAAAUGUGAUGGCAUUGCUGACCAAAGUGUUUUCCUCUGAAUCUAUGCAUGUGCUGGACCUUUGAAGAACCCUAACCAACUUACCCGCCAAAGUCCAAAUGGUCAAAAGUACCAAACGGCAUUUCUUCAGACCCAUUCAAGACACUUUCACUAUUUGAGUCAAGAGUUUAAUUUACACAUACAAGGCAAUUACAAUGGUAAAAACUUUACAAGGAUACCUCCUAGCUGGGAAAUUGAACUACAUAUAUUUUAAAUCUUUCAAAUUAAAAUUUUUCCAGUUUUUCCACAUUCAAAGUGUCUAAGUUGGUGACAUUUGCCAUCUUUGACUUAAAAUCUGCUGCAUCACAUCUUUGUGUGGCAUACACAAAUGUAAAUUUAAAUUAUGCACAAAUGAUAUAGACUUUGAACUUAAAGAGCUCUGACAUCAUUUGUGUUUCAGAUAGAAAGAAAAAAGUUGGAAACAAGGUGAGUGAAUAAUUUUUGGGUUAACAUAAAUGGAAAGGUAAAUUAUCCAUACCCCCAUUUUCACUUGAUGAAAUAAUGCAAGAUGCCAGUUUUGGUGGUGGAAGAAGAGUACAUUUCUGAUAUUUCCCUACACUGGUCUGUUGAGUAGAUAUGGCUGUAAAAUGCACAAACUAAGGCAUUUAAAUAAUCACUAAUUACACUGUAGGUCAAUAUAAUAUGAAACCCUUCAUGUUCAAAUAUUACUGCAUCACAGACUCACCAUUUUAAGUGGACACAUACUGUAGAUUUCAGGUACUCAAACUGAUCUUACAAAGGGCUUUACUCAGCAGUACCGUCCAAAAGCUGUUUCUGCUUCCUUUAGCGGGAGCCAAUCUCACUGCCAUCUGACUCUCUGAACUCUCAGAAACAGCAGCUUCUUUCUCUAGGAGUAGUUACAAAACAUAUCAAAACUAUGAACGCUUGAGUUGUAGAGUCUGCCUGAUUGUGCUUUACUAUUAGUGUGAGCAUAUCUGCCUCGAUGCUGAUCAAACUGCUUUGGUCCUCUAGUCCCUUCAGCUGGUCAGACAACAAAUUAUUUUUAUUUUCAGUGUUAAUCUGUCUCAUUGGUUCUUUAAUUGAUGAUGAGGUCUGUGUCAUACACACCCAAUGACAUUUGGGCUUGUAUAAAUUAAAUAAAUAGCUCACCCAAAAUAUAUUUUCAGCAAGUUCGGUCCAAACCUUUAUAGAUACUCAUGUUCGUGAUUCAAAAAGAACCAGUGGUAUAAAAGUAUUAUGAAAAUGGUCCACACAGGUUGUGUGCUAUAUUGUUGUGGCUCAACAGCGUUGAACAAGGAACAUGCCAACGUCAGUAGGCCAUUUGAUGGAAUCAUAACAUCAGCCCAAGCCUAGACACUCCAGCGGUGUUCAUGAAUGUGCGAUUUGUCAACAAAUCCUUUGGUCAGAAUGAUUUGCUAAUCGCUCGGGCUGAACUACUUUUAUAAUCUUUUUUUAAGCUUAAAGGCAGAUGUGACAUCAUAUAGGUUAAGAGAGUAAAUGAUGACAGAAUGUUGAUUUUUGAGUCUGUAAAGAAUAACGGGUAAUUUAGCACAUGUUGUGUCUAAACUACUGUAUGUUUGUCUUUGUGAUGUUAAACUGUUUGAUGUAAACCACCAACCUUUCCUUUCUAAAUUUAGCACUUAGAAUAACUCUCAACUGCCUUCAUCUUUAAUGUCUAGUUAUCUUAAAAGUGAUAAUCUAUUUUUAACAAAAUGUCUGAUUACAAAGGCUUUAAAGUUUUGUAUGUUGAAUGAAUGGAUAAAUUAUGUCAGUGUUUUAAUAGAGAAGCAAAACUGAUUUCGUUUCAUUUUGAAGGAACAUAUGUCUGUAUGGUUUCUGUCGUAGUUUGAGAAUUAUCCAGGCAUGAACUAAAACAAUUAUAUUCAUUUUUUUAAAAUGGUAUUUUACCUAUAAUCAAAUGCAAAUAUGCAUCAUAAGAUUGUGUGUAGAUUACUGGCAUUAUUGCAAUGAAGUGAAGGUCAUU